AUGCAGUGCAUACCAUACACUUUUUCACUACCCAAGGAGAGACGUGCCAUUAGACCUCUAUAUCCUCCUGGUGGUGGAUAUGGCUGGUUCACUGUAUCUGCCUUUCUUGUGCUUGGGCUGAAGUUUGGUGUAAUCCAGUCUUUUAAGGUUUUCCAAUGGAAUUUUACCACCACUUUUACCACCACUACAAUGGCAGGCAGCCAAACAUCCAUCUCUGUAGCAACUGUAUACACUUCGGCUCCAGUUGGCUCUGCGUUCAGUGCAUGUAUUGGCCACAGAGUUGUGGUGAUGCUGGGAGGACUGCUGAGCAGUGGCAGGGUUGGUGGAGUAUACACUCAAAAUCUGCUCCAACUAUACAUCACUGUGGGCUUUCGGACAGGUUUUGGAUAUGCUCUGACCUGAACCCCCACUGUAGCCAUGCUGGGCUGCUAUUUUUAGAAUCCGCAGCCUGUUGCCAAAUUUCUUUCCAGCACAGGUGAAUGAAUCGUCACUUUCCUUUUCACACUUUUCUUCCAAUUUCUAGUGGACCAUUAUUCCUGGAGGGGUGCCAUGCUAGUGUUGGGAGCUGUGCAGCUGCCAUGUGAGUGUGGUGCACUUCUGUGGCCACUGACUAUCCUCUCUGGUGAGCUUUCAACAGAUCCAGGCAGACUCAAUCUACAGCUCCUGACUCAUGAAGAAAAUCCAGCAGUAGACCAGAAGCCCCUAAGAAGCAAGAUUCUACACUAUGUUGACUACACAUAGUUACUUGACAACCCUUAUUUCAUGGUUUACUCAUUGUUGUUUGCAAUGUUUGAUUUCUUUGCUCCUGCUCUAUUCCUUGCACCCCUUGCUCACAAACAAUAUUCUAACAAUAUAUCACAAGAGCAUGGAGGCUUUAUAGACAAAACCAGCAGCUUUAGCACAGGCAUUCUGCAGGAAGGCACUGCUCUUAUAAUCUCUGCAAUGCUCCAGCUGCAUUAGAUUUCCAGGAAGUCACAUGGCAAACAAAACUAA